UUGUAAUUUAUGGAUUCUUGAUAAUAUCUUAGUUUAUGUAUUUUAUUAGUAUUAGCAGUAAAAACAUUGAAAGUUGGAAUCUUGUUGGGAUGGCUAUUCAUUUGAAUAGAUUGAUCCCUCUUUCCUUCUUUGGCAGCUUCUUCAUUUUCCCAUUUCUCCAAGUUCUUUGAUAAGGAUACUGUUUUGAAACAAGUCCUGUAAGAUUGCAAAAGAUCAGCAAUAAGCUUGCACAGCCAAUUCCUCCAGGAUAUUGAAGAUAGCUGAGGUGUUCAUUUAUAUUGAUCAAAAUGGGUAGAAAUGAAAUCACUAAGGAGCUCAAUGGAAUGUCACAGUCGGAUCAGCCUGCAAUCACCAUAACAGCAACUCAUCAGCUUCAGGCUUCAUCAGGCAAUCAAUCUGAGUCUCCCCAAGAUUCUUCCUCUAGCUCGUUAGACUUAGAUCUAGUGAUUGGACGUCCCUGGACGACUGGAUUGUUUGAUUGUCGUCAAGAUCAAACAAAUUCCAUUAUUACAGCAUUUCUUCCUUGUGUAACUUUCGGACAAAUAUCAGAAGUACUGGACGAAGGAAAGUCUACUUGCAGGUGUAGGAGUUCCUGUUACUUGUUGCUGAUGCUUGCUUCAUAUUCUCAAUGGAUUUUGAGCACCGAGUACAGAACUAAGCUGAGAAAGAAAUUUCAUUUGGAAGAAGCUCCCUACACAGAUGUGGUGUCUCAUCUCUUUUGUCCUUGUUGUUCCCUUUGUCAGGAGUUCAGAGAGCUUAAAAACAGAGGACUUGACCCUGCUCUAGGUUGGAAUGGAAUCCUGGCUCAACAACAAGGAAAGGAAUCUGAUGAUAAACAACUAAAUAUUCCUCCUCCAAAUCAAGCCAUGUCCAACUAAAUUCAAUUUGUUUUUCCUGUAUCUUGUGUUUGCAAGCAGGUAAGCACAAAAUUGAAAGAGCAGACCUGCAAAUUUUCAGCUUUAAUUUUAUUAUUUUGGCGGAGGAAAUAUUCAUAGUGUUGUUGAUUAUUUUUAAUUCUAUAUAUUAAGUUUGAAAUCUAUUUACAAC